CUAGAAUCUAGAAGUCGAACUAAAUCUGAUGUGGAACGCAGAGAUAAGAGAAUCACUAUAUAACUUUGUCACCUGGGCAGCGUUAUGAAAUCAAAGAUAAUUACACAGUUGGUGGUGGUUUUUUUUCUCUAGGAUCGAAAAUGAGGUUGUGGAGGUCCACUUUCAUUCUCGGCACAAUCCUGGUGUCCGUUAGCCUGGCCGUAGACAUCCCAUUGGCUAGUCACUGGGAUGGAGGUUUACAAGGAGAGGCCUGCUUUGACAUCACCGAGGAGUUGCAUUCUUGGAAUGUCAUCUUGACCUUCGACCACGCCAUUCAAAGUUUACAGACGUGGGUGGCUGAUGUUGUGGAGACUAAAGAUGACGGUAAAGUCUUUGUGCUGCAUAACAAAGAGUGGAACAAGGACGAACAUGUCGGAGAUCGCCUCUGUAUUUCUUUUAUGGGUACAGUGAACGGAGAUAUAAACCCUAAAGUGACGGGCACUAUACAAGCGGCAGGAGAUAGCAGUCACCCCCUCGUCACAGCUGCUCCAGGACAAACUCUGCCAACUACAACUGCAAAACCAUUUGUGUUACCUCCUGGGAACGGACCAACAGGUCAGCUCAAAGUGACCAACUCCUGGUCAGGGAACUUCGAAGGCUUCAUCGACAUACCCAUCACAGAAGAUGUUUUUGGCUGGGUAAUGAACAUUAGCUACGACAAGCCAGUCAGCGGAAUGACCAAUUUUCAGAUAGCAGAUGCAAUUUUCCAUUCGUCCGAUGGCUACAACUGGGCUGUAGUGAACAGACCAGAACACACAGCAUAUCAUGCAGGAGACACAGUACAUUUAAGAUUUACCGGAAGUUAUUCAGACUCUACUCCACCAUCGGGUCAAGCUAAAUUGUUUAACCUUGGGAAAGACACUUGGACCGUAGCUACUGCUCCUAACGCUGACAAAUCCAAGUAUAACUACAACGAUGUCUUGCAGAAGUCAAUCUUGUUCUAUGAAGCGCAGCGCUCUGGGAAACUUCCCACCAACAAGAGAAUUCCCUGGAGGUUUGACUCGGCUCUUGGAGACAAGGGAGAGGCGGGGGAGGACCUGACAGGAGGCUGGUAUGAUGCUGGUGACCACGUCAAGUUCAACUUCCCGAUGGCCUACUCGACCACAAUCUUAACAUGGAGCUACUUGCUCUACGCUGAUGCCUACGAGUCUGCUGGUCAGACUGACUACAUGCUAGACUGCAUCAAAUGGCCUCUGGACUACCUGUUGAAGUGUCACGUCAAACCAAACGAACUCUACAUCCAGGUAGGUGACGGUGGUCAGGAUCACGGCUAUUGGGGUCCACCAGAACUUAUGACCAUGCCCAGACCAGCUUUCAAGAUUACAACUUCCAAACCAGGCAGCGAAGUUGCGAUGGAGACGGCUGCUGCUUUUGCUGCAGGAUCUCUAGCAUUCAAAACAAAAGAUCCCACGUACUCUUCAACGCUGCUAGACCAUGCUAAACAGUUAUGGGACUUUGCUAUGAACUAUAGAGGGAAGUACAGUGAUUCUGUCAAUGCUGCUGCUGGAUAUUACAAUUCCAACAACAUCACAGACGAGCUUUGCUGGGGCUCUCUCUGGCUGUAUCAGGCGACUAACGACCCUAAAUAUCUGGCAGAUGCAGAGAAGUAUCUGGAUGACGAGCCGGCUUGGGGCAUGUCAUGGGAUGACAAGACUAUUGCCAACCAGGUCCUCCUGUACAAGCUGACAAAGAAAGAUCGAUACAAAACUGCAGUUGAAGGCUCCUAUAAGAUGUGGUUUCCUGGGGGUAGCAUUUCGUACACACCUAAAGGUCUUGCCUACAGACUGCAGUGGGGAUCCCUCAGAUACUCCUCCAACAUGGCUAUGGCUGCCCUCGUAGCUGCUGAUGCGGGCCUCCACCCCGAUGAGUACAGACACUGGGCCAUGUGCCAGAUACAUUACGCCCUGGGGGACACAGGAUUUAGUUACGUCAUUGGUUUUGGCGACAAAUAUCCACUAAGACCUCACCACAGGUCCAGCUCUUGCCCGAACCUCCCGUCUCCAUGUGGAACUCAAGUCAUGCCGCUGAAAGAGCCCAAUGUCCACAUUCUGUACGGUGCCCUAGUUGGUGGACCUGGUUCCAAUGACGACUACACUGAUGACCGCUCCAACUACGUCAACAAUGAAGUGGCCUGCGACUACAACGCGGGCUUCCAGGCAGCAGUGGCAGCAUUAAAGUCUUUGUGGCUGAGAUCGGAACAUCCUGAACAGAAAGGAAAUGCUCAAUGCCCGUUUUCCACUGGUUCAGGACAGACAGGAGGUGUAGUUGGGCGAUAGGUUUCAAGUCACACAUCGUGUUGUUGUUUAUAUAUUUAUAAAGUGAGCUGGUAAAUGGAAAUAUAUUAUCUCAGUAUAUAAAAGAAAAAGACUU